UAGAAUAUGUACAAUCCAGUAUUAUAACCGAACAUGAUUUAAAUAAAUUAAAUAUAUAUUUUCCGAUAAAUUUCUCUUUCCUCUUCCUAAUUUCCUAUUAUACCCUCUUAUAUAUCGACAAAGUGAACAAACCCAUUUAAUUUACCCCACACUGGACGAGGCUCCCUCUCUCACUCUCUUUCUCACUCUCGUUGGCUCCGAAAUAUCACAGGAAGAAAUGAGUCUCCUGUCUCCUCCCGCCGGAAAAGCCCCAACCAAAAUUCUCGACCGCGUCCUCUCCUCCCGCCGCUACGCCUCCCAUCCCGACGCCGAAGACGACGAAUCCAAGACCAAGAAACACCUCCCCCUCUCCUUCUUCACCACCCGCAUCACCAACUACUUGACCCGAACCGGACCCGUCUGGCCCUGCCUCCUCCUCCUCGCCUUCGUCGUCCUCCUCAUCUUCUCCCUCAUCUUCAACUCCCGCCGAUUCGUCUGCGUCUCCCCCUACGACCCCGCCUCCCGCUCCGGCUUCGACGGCCUCGAGUCCGAUUUCGGAUCCCUCGGCGUCCCCUGGUGCAGAUCGAAACAUGGAAAAACAGUUGAUUGGACAACAAAGGAUUUGAUCAAGGCGCUGGAAGUGUUUGUACCAAUCUAUGAAACCCGACCGAUCCAAAACAACAUGUAUGGGAUGGGAUUUGACCACAGCUUUGGUCUCUGGUUUAUUGCGCAAUGGCUGAAGCCAGAUUUGAUGAUUGAGAGUGGUGCGUUCAAGGGGCAUUCCACUUGGGUUUUGCGACAAGCAAUGCCGGACAAGCCAAUUGUGUCCCUCUCACCACGGCAUCCUGAGAAGUAUCUGAAGAAGGGGCCUGCAUAUGUUGAUGAAAACUGUACAUACUUUGCUGGAAAAGACUUCGUUGAUUUUGGGAGUGUUGAUUGGGAAAAAGUGAUGAAGAAACAUGGGAUUACUGAUCUCAGCCGUGUUCUUAUCUUUUUUGAUGACCAUCAGAAUGAAUUGAAAAGAAUAAAGCAGGCUCUGAAGGCUGGAUUUCGCCAUAUGGUUUUUGAGGACAAUUAUGAUACUGGAACUGGCGAUCAUUAUUCCUUAAGGCAGAUAUGUGAUCAAUCCUACAUUAGAGGAGGUGGUCACAGUUGCUUUAAAGACAGUGAUGAAGCUCGGAUUAGGUCAAAAAGGAAGCAUUUCUGGGAGAAAGCGGUUAAUAUUGAAGAACUUUGUGGACCAGAUGAUGCAUGGUGGGGUGUUAGAGGGUACAUGAGGGAUAACUUUAACCACAGCCAUAAGUUAAUACCAUAUGCAGAACAUUUUCAGAACAGCCGGUUUGUGGAAUCAAUUCUUGAUGUUUACUGGGAGCUGCCACCAGUGGCAGGACCAUCGCUCACACAUCAGACUAGGUAUGAUCCUGCUCGUGCACCACCUCCCAUUGUUGAAGAUGGUCGGUAUGGCUUAUUCCAACGACUUGGUUUAACCAGAUUUGAUACUUCUGUAUUUAACGGAUACACUCAGAUGGUUCACAUUCAGAUAUCUAAACAGUAACUUUAGAGUUAGAAAAUGAAGAUGCUUGUUUAGGUUUCCAUAGUUUGUUCAUAAUAUGAAUUUUGCUCUCAUUCUCUCAUAGCGUUCUUGCUUCUUCAUUUCCUUGGUUUGCCUUCCUGUAGUGACAACUGUUCUGUACUAGUAUCAUGUCAUAGCUGAAUCGAUUUCACUUAUCCUUAAGCUGUCCACGAUCUUAUCCAAACCGUUUGAGUUACCAGGUCUGUUGUAAUGCUUAUAAAUUUAAUUAAUUUUUACAAUGUUUGGAA